CUCACUUUUGUCAACAGCAGCAAAAAGCAACAUCCCCAGGCCAUGCUCUACUAGACGGACACAUCUCACCCAUGGAGAGCGAACACCAUCCGGCCGGAGGCGCCAAAGCCACGCUCUCAAAAGCAGCCGCGUCCCACCCCAUCCUCUUCGACACGCUCGUCCUCGUCGCCCUGCGCGUAGUGUAUGCGCUCCUCGCGCGGCGCUACCUCCUCGCGACGCUCAACCCGACGCUGCGCAGCCUCUCGACGCAGGACGAUGUGGUGCUGCCCGACGCUUAUCGGGGCAACAGCGCCGCGACGCGCGGCCUGCUGCGCGAGUCGGACGCCGAGCUCGAGCCCGAGUCGACAGACGCCGAGUCGCCCUCGUCAUCGUACCCGCCGUCGCCGCGUUCCCGCCGCGCUCCGAUCCAAGAGUCGUCAGCGCCCUUCCGGCACCGCUCCGCAAGCUCAGUGAACCGCACCGACGCGCCGCUCGACGAGGAGGCCGCCGGCGGAGGCAUCGAGCUCGCCCAGCUCUCGGCGCGCCUGCGCGACUCGGGCCCAGCCCCCCGCCGAGGCGGUGUACAGGUCCUCGAGCUGUCGCACGGUCGCGCUGCCUCCGGUAGCACCGGGUCAAAGAGUACCAAGGUCGCUCGCCGGGGUCUGAGCCGCGUCGCACGCAUCGUCUUCUCGCUCGCAUUCGCCGAGAGCAUGAAUAUCGUCACUCUGGUCGUGUUCCACGCGCUCGGGUUCCUGCACGCACACGCACGCCAGGUCAACUUCUCGGUAUCAUUGCACAUCCUCUUGGGGAUUAUUCUGCUCGUCGUGCCGCUCGUCCAGUGCCUGCUCCUGACGUACAGAUCGAGAGACUCGACGAGCGCGUCGACAAAGUCGUCCUCGCUGCCGUUCACCUCGCGCCUGCUCAUCUCGUUGAUCCCGUUCGCGCUCUACGUCUUCCUCUUCACGCGUAUCCCGCCGUACAUUACGGCUGUGGCGCCGCGCGAGAUCGCCAAUGUGAAUGCCACUAUCCCUGCGGACGAGGCCUCGAACGGCACAGUGGCUGGUAUUGGCGAGGCGCUGGUCGAGUGGUCCACCUCGGGACCAGAGGGCUGGGAGGGCGGAGGAUGGCUCGCGUCGAGCCUCGGGCGCGUCGUCGUCCUCGGCAUUGUCGUUAUCGCUGGUCUCUCGGGCGUCGGUGCCAUCGUCACCGCGUGGGACUACUUGGAGCAGGCUCGUGGAGCUGGAAGGCCACCAGUGACGGAUGCCGAUGUGCUCCAGGCUGAGAGAUCACUCUACCGUAUCCGACACGACAUUGUCGCCAAGCGUGAGGACAUUGCGCGCGUAUCCUCCGGCGGUAGUGCAGAGGCGGCUUCUGGCGGCUGGAUGACCAGAGCAAACUCGCUGCGAUCAGAGCUCCAAGGCCUCCAGCUCAUGGAGUCUGACGUUAUGAGGUCGCUCUCCUCUCUCAAGGCAAGGAAUAAACGCCAAGGCUUCAGGCAUACGAUCCGUGGCGCAGUGUACAACAUUCUCGGCUACGUGUUUGCGCUGUACUGCGCUGCCCGCUUGGCCAUGUGCCUCAUCUCCAUCUUUGUCGCGCCGCUGUCGACGUCGCGCAUCCCCGAGUCGGGCGCCAGCCACAAGGGCAGCGGCAACACGAACGGCGACUGGAUCUCGUUCGCCGUCGCCCUCGGCCUUGCGCACCUGCCCUUCGGACACGGCGUCGACGUCGCGGCGUGGUCGCGCGCCAUCUCGCUCCUCAUGACGGGCCUGCUGAUCCUCUCGUCCCUCGCCAUGGUCCUCCGCUGGCUCAGCCGCAUGCUCCGCCUCACGAGCAAGUCGGUCGGAGCGGGCUUCCUCCUCCUGACCUUGGGCCAGCUAUUCGCAACGUACACCAUCUCGCUGCUUGUGCAGCUGCGCUCGAGCAUCCCACCCGCGCCACUGACCGAUGGUGACCCGUUCAACUCUGGCGCGGGUAACGGAACCGCCAUCGACACAGGUGGCGCGACGGAUGACUCGCUCCUCCGCUCCCUCCCCGACUUCCGCGUGUUCGGCCGCCUGUUCGACGCGGUGUUCCUCUUCGCCGCCAUCGGCGCCGGUCUCUACCGAUACAUUGCGAUGAAGGUGACGGGCAGCGACGACGACGAUCUCUACAUCCACCGCGGAGAGCACUAGUAGAUGACUUCUAGACCCUAGACGCAGAGCAGCAUGGCUUCCAUUAAUACUAAUACAAAUACAAACUAGAGUGAAUGCGCAUGCAGGGUAUCGUUGUG